GAUUAGACUCGAUUCACCAACUUUAUAUCCAAACACCUUACCACAUCACUAAAGAUUCUCUUGGGCUGUCAAUUCUGACAAAAUGACGAAAGGAACGUCGAGCUUUGGAAAGCGCCGGAAUAAGACCCACACAUUAUGCCGAAGAUGUGGAAGGUCAUCAUAUCACAUUCAGAAAUCUAAAUGUGCUCAGUGUGGCUACCCUGCAGCGAAACUGCGAUCCUACCACUGGUCAGUGAAGGCUAAGCGCAGGAAGACCACUGGUACCGGCCGCAUGCGUCAUCUGAAGAUCGUCAGGAGGCGUUUCCGCAAUGGCUUCAAGGAGGGCAAACCUACCCCUAAGAAAGCUGUAGCCUCCUCGUAGAUUUACUGCUAAACAUCAAUAAAAAUCCUAAAAAAUA